AUGAGAAGGAACGCUUGAUGAUACACAGGAUUGGAUGUACCAUAACUAUCCAUUUCAUUCAGUUUGACAUCUCAAAAGAAAAUCGUUUUGUCCUAAAUAUAUAGUUAUGAAUUAAGAUAAAAGCAUGUGUCUUAAUAUAGAGUGUAGCUCUCUGGCAUUAUGGCAGAGCAAAUGUUGGUGUUCUUUCACCUGCAACAGAUGAAGAGAAAUUCAUUUGGAUAGAUAUUUGGUUUUUUUUAUUGCAAAGGAUAAGUCAUCAGAAACAACAAGCAAACAUGGAGACGUUUACAAUUCACGAUAUGCUCAUCAAUUCCACUGAUAUUUAUAAAAUAUUAUGCGGACUGGGAAUCGGAAAUUUGUCGGAGUGCAAAAAUGACAGCAGCGGCACGUCCGAGCCAAAAGACAUGAACCAGACGGUGCGGAUCGUGCUGUACGUGCUCAUCUUCCUCCUGAGCUUCAUAGGAAACAGCCUCAUCAUCACUGUUCUGGUGCGGAACCGGCGUAUGCGGACGGUCACGAACCUGUUCCUGCUGUCUCUGGCCGUCAGUGAUCUGAUGCUGUGUGUCUUCUGCAUGCCCUUUACACUUAUCCCAAACCUCAUGAAGGACUUCAUCUUCGGCACCGGCAUGUGUAAGGUGGCCACAUACUUUAUGGGUAUUUCGGUGAGCGUAUCUACAUUUAACCUGGUGGCCAUCUCUCUGGAGCGGUACAGUGCCAUCUGCAACCCCUUUAAGUCCCGCACAUGGCAGACGAAGUCCCACGCUGCAAAAGUCAUCACAGCCACUUGGGUCGUGUCUUUUCUGCUCAUGCUGCCUUAUCCGAUCGGCAGCACCCUGGUGCCUUUCAUGCGCAGUAACAACAGCACAGGCAACAUGUGCCGCUUGGUUUGGCCCAGUGAUGUCAUGCAGACCUGGUAUAUUUUCCUGUUGCUGAUACUCUUUCUUGUGCCUGGGAUCAUAAUGAUGGUGGCUUAUGGCCUCACCUCACUCGAACUCUACAGGGGAAUCAAAUUUGAAAUGGCUAACAGAAAGUCAAACAGAGAGAAAGAAUAUGGCACGUCCAAUCCAAAAAACGGUGACAGUGAUGGCUGCUACCUCCAACCGUCCAAGAGAAAGCGUCCCGAACCUGUGACGCCCAGCUUCAGCAGCCCAAAAUCCAAACUGAGAAGGGUUUGCAGCAACAGCCCUACAGCAAACCUCAUGGCCAAGAAACGGGUCAUCCGCAUGCUGCUGGUGAUCGUGGGGCUGUUCUUUCUCUGCUGGACGCCGAUCUUCGUCGUUAACGCCUGGCGAGCCUUUGACAGACGCUCAACCGAUCGUCUCCUCUCAGGAGCGCCGAUCUCCUUCAUCCACUUGCUGUCCUACACCUCUGCCUGCGUCAACCCUAUAGUCUACUGUUUCAUGAACAAACGCUUUAGACAGGGCGUGCUGGCGACGUUCAGCUGCUGUAGGGAUGAUUUCGACGAGAUGAGCAGGAACAGCACUCGACGGAGCACCAGAGGAGCUGGAGGCCUGGGAACGCUGUUUGGAGGAAACGGUGGGACUAGACAGGCUGACGGUAACACACAAAGCUCAGGAACACUUACGAGGCUAACUGACACCAGUAUCCGUGGCUCGGCACAGGCGUAACUGAUGCUCGUCCCCCAAAAUUUUAAGAAGUUGAGUAAAGAGUUAAAAAAAAGGACAUCAGUGCCAUUCAAAGCUUUGCAAUGGAUAGUAAAAUGGCUGCUAUUGGAAGAGAGACUAGUUGUACUGAUGAUAAAUGAGAGCACAAGUACGCAGUGACUGCCAAUAGCACUGAAAUGCGGAGAGAAUCCAGUGCUUAAUUUUAGUAUGUCACUGUUAAAUAAACAGCAGCAUCAAAUGGAGCAAGACUGUGGCCUCCAGUCCUCAUUACAGCUCUGACUUACAAACUUACAAAGACUUUAUAAGCCAUAAAUAAGUUUUGUCCAUGAGGCUCUGUAAUUUUCUGGCUUACCUAGAAGAGAGGGACGAUUUGCUUUACUUUUCUUGGUAUCUUACUUUAUUUUUGUGUGUGUUACUGUUAAAACAAUGGUCCAGAUGUUUUGAGAACAUUCUAGUAUUGCUUUUAACUACACUACCAUUUAAAAGAUUGGUUGAGGUUGAGAAGAUUUUUUGUUUUUUGAAAGAAAACUUUUAUGCUCACCAAGCCUGCAUUUAUUUGAUCUAAAAUACAGCAAAAGCAGUAAUAUUGUGAAAUAUUUUUACUAUUUAAAAUAACUGCUUUGAGUAUAGUUUAAAACGUAAUUUAUUCAGCAUUAUUACUCCAGUCUUCGGUGUCACAUGAUCCUUCAGAAAUCAUUUUAAUAUGCUGAUUUGCUGUUCAAGAAACAUUUUAUUACAUUUAUUAUACUUUAUUAUUAUUAUUAUCAAUAUUUAAAACAGUUAAGUGCAUUUUUUCAGGACUCUCUGAUGAAUCGAAAAAUCUACAGAUCAGCAUUUAUCUGAAAACAAAAGCUUUUGUAACAUUAUACACUAUACCAUUUAAAAGCUUGGAGUCAGUAUUUUUUGGGAUUUGAGUGCGUAGUGCUGAAACCCUCUUGUAAUUGUUAGAAUCGUCACAGAUCAGCGAUCUCCGCGUAAAACUGACCAAACGGUAAGUCGUACAGACUUGAAAUUUCGGAGGAUGGUAGUACUCACACUGCCUACGAUGUGACCCAGGCUCGCCUCAAUCGGCCUGAAGGGGGCGCUACAGCGAUCAAAAGUAUGAAAUCACCCAUAGCUCUUAAACCGCCAGUCUAAGGCUCAGUUGUCUUAUAUUGUUGGAAUCCGUGGCUCACGCCGGACAAAAUGUGCCUUAGAUUUAAUUAUGAUUCAGGUAUUUAGCAUUUUGUUGAAAAACAUACUUUUGCGAACUGGUCCUAGGAUUCUCUGCCAAAUUCAGAAUACUUAUGUAAGAGCUCAAUCUGAGGUCGAGGAAAAUAAAUCACGGAGCUUUGCCACUUGGUGGCUCUAUAAGUGGGAAAAAACAACAAAAAAAAAUGGAUUUAACUGCGCAACCAUUUGUCCUGUCAACAUAAAAACCGUUGUGUCUGGUCUUGGUCCGAAGUGCCACAAGUGUUUACAAGGACAUUUGCAUAUCUCAAAAAACAUGGCUGCCAUUGGCUGACAAAAUUUGAGCACCGGUUAGACAAGGUUAACGGAGGGCGAUCGGAACGAAACUCGGUGGGCCUGUUCGACUCACGGCUGCAAAGGUCUGAGAGAAAUUUGAAAGAAAUCGCUCAAUUCAAAAAUAAACAAAAAAAAAAAACACUGCAGUACAGUUCUCUG